AUAGAGGGGCUCCGCCGACUUGCUUCGAAUAUGUUUUUCGCAGCGCGCGCGUUCGCAUCGGAAAAUCAGAAAAGCUGCCGAGCAUUUAAUAACAAAUUCGGCAAUUACAAUUGUUAGUUUUUUUGUUUCCCCCUCAACCACCACUCAAAUGACUAUUUCGUCGCAGGUUUUUCAUCUGCAAAAAUUGUCGUAAUCGAGCGUUGAUCGUUUUCAUUUCGCAAAAAUCGUUAUAUGUUAUAAAAUACUUAUUACGCAUUUUGAAGGGAAAAAAAAAAAAAUCAAAGAAGUGAAAAUCAAAACAAAACAAAAUAAAAUGUUGGCUGCCUUUUGCGUUUUGCGCGUACGUGUGUGUUUUCUGUGUGAGUGAGUGCAGCAAAAAAAACCGAAAAGCCAUAAAUAAAUAAAUAUAAAACAAAGGCAAAACCGAAAUCAAAUGCAAAAUACUUGCAAAGCAUUGCCAAUCCAAAAGGUGUAAAUAAUUGAGGCCGAAAAACUUGGCCCUUAUGCUUUUAUCCCAGUUCGUGUGACUUCGUUUUUUAGCAGCAAUAUGACACAUUCAGCUAUAAUCCUUAAAGGCAAUCGUAACAAGUUGCAACUGUUGUCACAACGGAAUCUCAAAUUGCAAUCGCUGAUUAAUGUAAAAAUAAUCUGUUAUUACUAAUCAAAUAACUAAAGAAAAUCUCAAUUGAAACGAAAAGAUUAGAAGAAAAUGGCAGCAGCUGUCUUGGAGAUUAAUGAAAGCAAAUUGGAUUUGGCUUGCGAUGAGUGCGACUAUUACGGUACAACGGAUACGAUAUUUAUCGAUAAUAGCACUCAAACCGAUGGCUAUGACGAUGACGAAUCGGAGCUAAAGCCCCUGAAACCCAGAUUGAGUCAAAUAGUUGAAGAGGAUUUGGAAAUGGAAGGUGUUAUUAAAGAGGAAGUGGAAAUGAAAGUGGAAACACAUGGUAUACGAAACGAUAACAAUAACGAUAGUGAUAGUGAUGUGAAAGCCUCGAUAAUUAAUGAGCAAUCAAAGGAGGAUGAGGAGAUCUUGGAAGACGUUCCGUUUGAAGAGAGUGAACCACACGUUGCCGAGGUGGCAGUUGACUCAGAUGAUGAAGCAGAAAUCGUUGAUGUGGCCAGACUCACCGGUUUAACUUUGGGUAUUGGCUAUGCCCGGAUUAUAGACUACGAUAACUUUCGUAUUAUCGAACAUGUUAUCGAAAGCGAUGAUGAAGACGAAAAUGAUGUCGCUGCAGCUGGCACGGCAGAAACCUCAACGGAACUGCAGCAGGCCUGUCAUGAUUUGGUGACUUUCAUCGGUGAAAGCUAUCAGGUAAUCGAAAGGUCAGGCCAUAAUCGUGAACCACCGGCAACAUUAUCAGUGGUGGACAACAAUAAUAACAAUCGCAAUAGCGAUAUAUCCACAAAUGGUCGUGGCGCUAUCAACGAAUGUUCAAAACCCAGCCGAAAAGUGCAAAAUGGGCAGCAAUCGAAUCAAAAGGCAGUAACCAGUGCAGCUGCAACCAGCAGUAGCAGUAGCAGCAGCAACCACAAUAGCACAGCUGCAACAUCUACCAGCAGUGCAUUGAUAAAGGCUUACAAAUCGAAUCUUACUCCUUUGGCACCACCCUUUCAGCCUGCCGCCUUAAAAGCGAAGCAACUGCAACAGUCGUCGCUCACCAGCGGCAACAUGUCUUCAGUAACGACAACAACAACCACGUCUUUGGGCUACACCGCCUACGAGCAGACAACGGUUUAUUAUCAGCAGCAAGUUCAACAGCAGCACCAUCAGAAGCAGCUUCAGCAACAGCAGCAACACCCACAACAGCAACAGUUGUCACCCAAGCAGCACCAGCAACAGCAACAGCAACAACAGCAGCAGCAACAGCAGCAGCAUCAUUGUGCUCAACAUGGCGGCUUGCCGCAUAUUCAUGGCGCCCAACUGCUGCCCGUGCAGUUGAUCGCCUUGCAGCCAAAUGGAGUAACAGCAGCAGCAGCAGCUGCUGCAACAGCAGCAGUGGCAGCAGUAGGAGGAACUGUGGCAGCACCAACUCCGUCAGCAACAGCAGCGGGUGGUGCCUCAGCAACAUCAUUGACUGGCGCCGCUUGGCCACUUGUGGAGGCGCCAAUUUACAUUGACAUCAAUGGCGAAUAUCGCAGCUAUUGCCCGGCACAUGGACCGCCGGCCGUGGCAGCCCCAAAUGGCGCCAUUGCCCAUCAUCCGCACAUCCACACUCACACCCAUUCGCAUUCACAUGGCCAUCAUCCCCAUCCGCAUCACGCACAGCAACAGCAACAGCAACAGCAACAGCAGCUUCAUCAUCACCAUCAGCAACAUGGGCAGCAUCAGCAACAUUUGACGCCAUCGGCUGUGACAAAUGUUAAUGGAAACAUUGUACAAGCAGCAACGGCAGCGCCUAGAUUGCUGCUGCAACUGGACGCAGCAACUGUCCAGCAGCAACAGCAACAGCAACAGCAGCAACAACAGCAGCAGCAACAACAGCAACAAAUCGUGGCCGCUGGCAAGCGUAGCAAAGUUUAUCGAGGUGAGUGGCCGUUUUAUGACAUUUGUUGUACAGUUUUUAUUCCUGUCCAUGAUGCCCAGGGCUAUUUGGGACCAUAUAGUUUGUCCAAAGAAUAGGCUAUGCACUGUUAAA